UUAAAAGUAGAAAGUACUGUCUUUUCUUUAUUGGACUCAGACUUUCCCCACAGCUGGGCACGUUUCAUGCUCAGCACAGCUGGUUUUGUUGACGUUAUGGAGACAGGGAAGAGAGAGACUCAUCUUCUUGCCCCUCAGUAUUUCUUCUUUCUGGCAUGCCACAGUUUGAUGUGUGAGGAAAAUGCUUUGUGUUAGCAGGGAGCAGCUGUGUGGGAAGUGUGUGCCUUGGACAGUCCUUGGCGGGAGAGGUCAGAGGGCUAAAGACCUCUUGUCCAGCUCACCCUGACUGGGGGUAAGGGGGGGAGGUCCACAUCCGCAGACCCAGGAGCCGGUUGACAUCACCUGAAUGUGAACUUUGGAAGAGUUUCCUCUUGCUGCUGCAACAAGUUACCACAAACGUAAAUGUCUCGAAACAGCACGGACUUAUUAUCUUGAAGUUCUGGAGGUCAGAAGUUCAAAGUCUUUAGCCACUGGGAUAAGUCAAGGUGUGGGCAUGGCUGGAAGCUCCAGGGGAGAGUCCAGCUCUCGAGGCCAUCCUCACUCCUUGCCUGUGGCCUGAGUCUGCAUCACUCUGGCUCUGACUUCUGUCUCCCUUCUGAUCAUAAAGACCCUGUGAUUACUUGGGGCUCACGCUGAUCAGGAUAAUCUCCCAUCCCAGGGUCUCCUGAUUUGCAGCCUCUUUCCUUCUGCACCCUUCAUUCCCCUUCCGUGUAAGGUACCAGAGGCACAGGUUUCAGGGUUGGACAUGGACAUCUUUGGGGGCCAUUAUUCUGCUAACCAUAGGGUGAGGGAUGGUUCUUUUGUGGAAGAGUGUUCCAUCAGGAGGAAGGUGCUGGGUUGGAGAAACUCUGAAAUGAGGCUCAUCCUUUCCUCCUGCUCCUGCUGCUGGAACCUCAGGGUAGUGAGAGGGGUGGCCCUCUUCCUUGUUCGCCUCCUGGUGCUUCUAACAGAAAUAAAAUCCCAUCUAGCACUUCCUCUUUUCAUUUCCUAUUGAGUCUCUGCCUUUCUAAACCGUACAAGAGUUUGUCCCUGUCUCUGUCUCUCUGUGUCUCCCCCUGUCUCUUUGUCCCUGCCCCCACCAGUGCCCCGAACCCUCACACUGGCCUUGUCCCUGACAUUGGCUCCUUCCCUAAUCUGGGUCUGGGAUGCCCCGGGGAGGUGGCCUGUGGUGCCCCUGCCUCUGGGUUUUACUUGUGUAGCAGGACUUGCUCUUUCUGAGCCUUGUGGUGCUUUCAGAUCAUUUGAUGAUGACUCACUGCUGAGCCGCUGGAAAUGACAGUCACACUUGACUUUUCUGAGAAUCUGGAGGGAAGGGCCCUUGGGAGGUCGAGGUUUAGGGGCCGAGACAGUUGGCUUUCCUCUGUUAAGCAAACCGGAUGCUAAAAGCCCCUUCCUUUCUGGGUCAGAGUUGCCCUGAGCCUGGAAUCUGCCUGUCUGGGGGCCUCUCCACGCCUGUCCACAGCUGGGCCACAGCUGGGCCAUGGAGUCAGGGCUGGGCUCAGGGGCCCCAGGGCGGACUGGACUCUCACUGGCUGAGCCUGUCCGUGCCUCAUCCUGGUGCCGAGCCCCAGGUGUUGGUGCCGGCAGCGGUCUGUGUGUCUGACCACCCCGUCUGCUCAGCUGCUCAUCGAGACUCAGAUGAAGGUUGGGGUGACUCAGUAGGAACGCCGUCGGAGCAGGGCAUGACGUACGACGCGCUCCAUGUUUUUGACUGGAUCAAAGCGCGAAGUGGAGACAACCCUGUGUAUAUUUGGGGCCAUUCCCUCGGCACCGGAGUGGCCACAAACCUGGUGCGGCGCCUCUGUGAGCGAGAGACACCUCCAGAUGCCCUCGUACUGGAAUCUCCAUUUACUAAUAUCCGUGAAGAAGCUAAGAGCCAUCCAUUCUCAGUGAUCUAUCGAUACUUCCCUGGGUUUGACUGGUUCUUCCUUGAUCCCAUCACAAGCAGUGGAAUUCAGUUUGCAAAUGAUGAAAACGUGAAGCAUAUCUCCUGCUCCCUGCUCAUCCUGCACGCCGAGGACGACCCGGUCGUGCCCUUCCAGCUCGGCAGAAAGCUCUACAACAUUGCUGCACUGUCACGCAGCUUCCAAGACUUCAAGGUUCAGUUCAUCCCCUUCCACUCGGACCUUGGCUACAGGCACAAGUACAUCUACAAGAGUCCUGAGCUUCCACGGAUCCUGAGCUGCUUCUGGAAGGGAGGCUGUGCCCCUGGCUGCACUGCGCUGGCCGAAAUCCUGGGCCGGGAUGUGGGCUGCCGCCCCGGGCACCCAUCUCGAGCUUGGGCGCAGAGCCUGAGGAUGAGGGGUGUGCUGGUGGCAAAGCGAAGGGUUUGGAUGGACCAGGCACUCCCUGCCUCCCGCUGGAGGGUGCAGGCAGCCCGCGCGUCCCGGCUCGGGGGCCUCUGCUGAGCCCGGGGUGCUGGAAUCGGCCCGCGGUGAGGUGUGUGCCGGGUGGUUCCACUUCGCCCUUGAGGUUCCAGGGGCGUUCCUUUGCAGUUUCUUGCCGCACGGAUGUGGGUUGCUGCGAGGGGACAGUGACGAGUAUGGGUUUGCUCUGGGACUGUGGCUUUUCCCCAUAAAAGGAAUACAUUACACAAAAUGUAGACCAGAGAAUGGCUGCAACAUUGGGGUGCAGUUAGUGACCCCAUCCUUGCUCCUGUGUGUCGGGACUUGACUUGGGUGCUGCUGUUGGCGCCCUGCUUGUUUAACUCAACGGGGUUUUCUGAGCGGAAGUGUGGUCCUCCAGGCUCCUUUGCGGCCUCCCCGGGUGGGCUGUAGGAGGACCACAGGAGGUGGUGUCUCAGGUUUGGCCUCAAGAGGUUUG